AUGGAACCUGCUUAUAAACGAUUACGUUUUGCUCCAACGAAGGUAAUUUUUUCAGGCAAUUAUUUCCAGCUACAUAAAAAUAUAUUUUUUCCAGAAAAUUGCGAAUUGGAGCUCUCUUUCUGAAAAAGUCCAACAAAUUGUUGUGGAUAAAAUGGAUUGUAAAACUCGAUGCAAAUUCGCGAUUUGUUCGAAUUCGAGUAAAACUAUGGCUUAUAAUUCGGAAAAUUAUGUUUAUGGAAUCGGAGUUUUCAAUAAAUAUCAGGAUACUGUGAAUAUCAAAGUUUAUCAUGCUGAAGAUGAACUUUCAUAUCAAAUAAUGUUCAAGAAAGCUGGUGCAAUUACACAGGUUUACAAUUUGUAAGUAUAAUUAGAACAUGUUUCAUUUUUAAUCGAUAAUUUUCAGUGGAUCUGAUGAUAUGUUGAUUUGGAAUGAGGUUAGAGCUGGAAACUUUCAAACAAAUGCAAUCAAGUUCAUCAACAACUUCUUGGAAAAGUUCCAGAAAAAUUUGAAAAUGUUUCAAGUCAAGGUUUUGGAUAAAUUCCCAUUCGGCGAAUUCAAUUUAUUGAGCACUGAAAAGUUGGAGAAAGUUUCAAUUUUGUGCGAAGAUCAAGGUGAUGAUUUAUUGUGGCAUGAAUGUGUGACUGUCGAUAUGGUUGGUUAAUAUAUUUUUUAUUAGAUCUUUCCAAGAAAAGUAUUAUUUCAGCUCUCAAGAGUCACGAAACUUGUCGAACUUCAUGAUGCUUCUCUUCAAAUUGAAGAUAUUUGCAAAUUGAGAGCUGAUAAAAUCUCUCUUUAUCCAGCCUCACUUUCAGCCGAAGAAGUCAAUCAAUUUUUGAAGAAAUGGGUGAAUGGUGAACUUCAUGAGAAUCUUCGAAAGUUUCAUUUCAAAAUUGAUCGAUAUUCGGUUAUGAAUAAUAAGGAAUUGAUUGAAGGAUUGAGGGUUUUCGAUUUUAGCCAUACUCCGUAUUUCAUGUAUGUUUAAAUAUUUAUAAUAUACAGUUCAAUUAAAAAAUUUCCAGCAUGAAAUUUUCUCUUCGAAGCCUCGCGAGACCUGGAAAAAUAGCCAAAAUCCACAACACCGAAAACGCUUUCUUCAUGAUUAUUUGCGAAGAUGAGAAUCCGGUUGCCGCUGACCUUGGAAUAAUUCCAAAUAUCUACGAUCCAUCCGAACCUGGACAUCUUGAAAUGAUGUUGGCUCAUUUGAACGGAGAAAGAGAACUCGAUAAUUUAGGAGAUAUGGAUAAUUAUUUUGAAGAAUCUGAUGAAGAAUUCGACACUUUUUGGUAA